AUGCCGGAGCACACGCAUCAAGACAGCCUCGAUGCUCAGUCAUCCAAGGCUCAGAAGCGACCUGCCACCGAUCAUCCGCAACCCUCGACCAGCGACACGACCGAUAAAGCGCGGCUUGGAAAGCGUGUGAAGAUUAAUUUUACAAACUAUGACCCCAUUCGCGACCCUCGGGGUCCCAAACAUCUACUUACUGCGGCUUACCAGAACGACUUUCCCACCUCUCGAGCAAGCUUCACGAUCACAGCCGCCCAGGCCCCAAGGACGGGGGAUGAACAUCUUCAUGGGCUGGCUGACCUCAUUGCCCGUCUCGAGGACGAGAACAGUAAGCUGAAAGAUGAGAUUGAUAGUACGAAGGCAGCGAUGAAAGACCAACCGACACUCAAGAAAACCAACCCGGCGCCUCCCGGAGAAUGCGACAACUGCAAGGAACUCCAACGCGAACUGACCAAGAGGACGGCGCAGCGCGACUCUUUCCAGAUAAAGUUGCAGCGAGCCGCGGCUGAGCUAGGACCGAUCGAACUGAACAGGGCAAUCGGUGAGGAUGAUAUCGUAUCGUCCUUCAUCAAUCUCGAUCAUGCAAUCAACAACCUGGUCAGACUAAAGUUCAGUGGGCUUCCUCUCAGGGUUCCAAAGAAGGCUGCCGACAAGGAGUUCUGCGGGGAGAUGAACGGACGCUACAAAGAUUACUUGAUAAGCGCUGAAGUGAAGUCCUGCUUUAUGACGGGCGCAAUCUGGCAAAAGCUUUACCGCAAGCUUUCACAGCGUCCCUGUGCUGUCUUCAUGCCCGUGAUGGCCGAGGCACUUGGCAUUCUCAUGGACGAACUUCCGAGCGCCAAGGACCAUCAAGAUGACACGGUACUACAGGGUUUCCACCAGCUGCGAGCCCAAACAGGCCAGCUUCUAGAUCGAACGACCAGAGACAACGGACCCUACAAACCAGGUUCACCCGGCCGGACUGAGUUCGUGGACGAGCUGUACAACUUUUUCAAGAAUUACUCGUCUAUACAAGGUGAGAAAGAACUCAAGGAUGACUUUGGAAGGAUCGUGGACGACGUUGUGGGCCUGGGGGAGCUGACAGCGCAAGCCAAAGCUUACUACGCUCUCCGCAUGGCGCACAGCGAAACUGGCGAGAUGUAUGGCUCGCGCUUGGAAGGCUGGAUGGAAGUUGACACCAAACUGGUAGCUGAUGGUACAGCUGCCCCGACUGUUGAUCUCAUCAUCUCACCGGCACUGGUCAAGUGGGGCACUCCGGACGGCAAAAACUAUGGUGAAGCGAAGGUCCUGAAGAAGGCCAAGGUUGCUAUGUAG